GCCACAAUCGCUCAACAACUGGCACUUGAGGUUUCCACCGUGGCCAACUUUUUCAUGAAUGCUCGGCGGCGUUCCCUCGAUAAGUGGCAGGAAGAAGAUAGCAAGACAUCCAGCCUAGCGGACUCCAACUCUUCGCGAUCGACGCCUACUCAUGUUGGCCAAUUAUUGACUGAAUCAGGCGGUCGGCCAUCUGGCUUAGGUGAUGACUGUAGUGCUGGCGCCAGUGGCAAGGGUAGCGGUUGUAGUGAAACAGGGCAACAGAUGAUUAUGUGCAGAGCUGGUGAAGGUCCACUUUCAUCUCCGCAGUCUGAUUCUGAAAUCCGUCAGUUGUCUGUCGGACGCCUGGCAGGAAUUGAUGAUGAUAACCUAUCACCAAGUGGAGGAACACAUAUGAACACUCACAAUUCUCUGUCUGCUGGCCGAAAUGGACAACAUUCUUGCCCUUUACCACAAUACUCUCAUCCCCAACUGCCUUCUCUUCACCAUUCAAACCAUCCUCACCACUCACAUCACCAGUUGCACCAUCACCACCACCACCACCAUAAUACUCUCCAUCCUCAUCUGGGUCACAUUCCCCAUUCGGGGACCAACAUGCAUAACAGAUCUCAUCAACUCCCUCAUUUGAUAUAUGUUAACAACAAUCCCUCAGUUGUUGGCCGAUCUUGUGACACAGAUGGCUCCAAUGUUCCCUUGCUAGGACAAACGUCUGAUGAGGUUGGUAGUUUCUCGGCUAAUUUCAUUCCGGAUCAGCAGCACCACCAUCAUCAUCACCAUCAACAACCAGUUAUCUCUUCUCAACACAUAUACCUUCAGGGAAAUGCGCACGGAAUGGCACAAAUGCCACAACAUUAUAAUGGGCCUCCUGCGGCAGUUGCACCAGCAAGUUUUGAUUCAAACAGGCAUACACAGGCUGUAUAUGCUUCUACACUAAAAGGGCCUCUUCUCGAAGUGGCUUUUGGCCAGGACAAUAGCUCAGGCGCCAAUAAUUGCAGUCUAUUGCACUCUUCACAGCAUACGUCCAGCCAGUUGCGGGCACUUAUGACUCCCACACAACAGUUCUUCCCCGCAAGUCUUGACCAAGGGCAUCGGGCACUUACUGAACAGGAAACUUUAAUUAUCUGA